UGACAGCUGACAAAAUCAGCUGUUUUUGUUCUGUUCAUGUUGUUGAUGUGUUGUUUUUUCAUUACAAAAAUAUUAAUUAUUACCACAAAUAACUAUAUUUACUCAAUAAAGACUAAUCAGAAUCAUGACUUCUAGAUUUAGUGGUGCAUUACAGUUGACGGACCUUGAUGACUUCAUUACACCAUCACAGGAAUGUAUCAAGCCUGUGAAAAUUGAAAAAACAAAAAGUAAAACAGGUGCUAAGAUCAAGAUAGGUGAAGAUGGAUACUUUGAUUUAUCAAGUGGCAGAGAGCAGAAACUGCAGAAAGUGGAGAUCACUCUUGCAGACUGCCUCGCGUGCAGUGGCUGCAUCACAUCUGCUGAGAGUGUGCUGGUGACGCGCCAGAGUCAAGAAGAGCUCUUACGAGUAUUCUCAGAACGAAAAUACACAGAUAGCAAAGGUGUGACCAAGAAUGUCAGCUUAGUAGUAAUUUCCCUAUCCCCACAGCCAGUGUUAUCCUUGGCUGCUCGUUACAAGCUGUCUCCUGAAGAAGCUACCUCCAAACUGGCAGGCUACUUUAAAAGUUUAGGAGCAGAUAUGGUGUUAGAUAUGACAGUGGCUGAGGAUUUGUCACUGCUUGAGGCUCAGCAAGAGUUCUUGCAGCGGUAUCAGGACCAACAAAAUGAUCCCACAUCUAAAAACCUGCCAAUGUUAGCAAGUUCUUGUCCAGGAUGGGUAUGUUAUGCGGAGAAAACACAUGGGUCCUUCAUAUUGCCUUACAUUUCCACCACCAAGUCUCCCCAACAGAUAAUGGGCUCACUGGUCAAGCAGUAUCUGUCAAAGAAGAAGGAAGUGACCCCUGGGGAGGUGUACCACGUGACCUUCAUGCCCUGCUACGACAAGAAGCUGGAGGCCUCUAGAGAAGACUUUUACAGUGAAAUGUUGAACUGCCAUGAUGUUGACUGUGUUAUAACUGCAAUUGAAGUAGAACAAAUGCUGGGCAACAGCAACAUGUCUCUAUCAGACGCCACUGAAGCCGCGCUGGAGUGGCCGUGGGGCGAGGGCGAUGGCGCGGCCGGGGUCAAGGGCCGCGCGGGCUCGGGCUCCGGCGGCUACGCAGACAGCAUCUUCCUGCACGCCGCUGAGCAGCUGUUCGGAGAGACUAACGCGCAGCUGGUGUAUAAGAAUCUCAGGAAUCCUGACUUCAGAGAAGUAACUUUAGAAAAGGACGGCAAAGAAGUCUUGAAGUUCGCAAUCGCGAACGGGUUCAGAAAUAUACAGAAUCUGGUGCAGAAGCUCAAAAGGGGGAAGUCGCCUUACCAUUAUGUGGAAGUCAUGGCGUGUCCAUCAGGUUGCCUGAACGGCGGUGCGCAGUCCCGGCCCGUAUCCGGCGAGAGCGGGCGAGCGCUCGUGCAGCAGCUUGAAGCGCUUUACGCAGCGCUUCCUCGCGCCACCGACCGCGCCGCACGCCGGCUUUACGCUGAAUGGCUCGACGGCCGCGACUCUGACAAGGCAAAAGCAGUGCUACAUACAGCCUACCAUGCUGUGGAGAAGGCUGAUAUCGCGCUCAAUAUCAAGUGGUAACCAAGACCGUCUAACUACUAGGGCCCUGGGCAUUUAGUAUUUUAGACACCCUGCAACUCUUACUUUACGCCGCGUGCCGGCUUUACGGCUGCGAUUCCAAUAAGGCGGUUAAGGCGGUGUUGCAUACAGCCUACCAUGCUGUAGAGAAGAACGACAGCGCUCAACAUCAAGUGGUAGCUCAAACCGUCUUAUUUACUAGGGCCCUGGGCAUUUAGACACCCUGCAGCUCUCGCUUAUGCCGCUUGCUGCCUAUACGCCGACUGGUUUGAUGGCCGUGCUGUGACUGAUAAGGCGAAGGCAGUGCAGUCUACCAUGCUGUGGAGAAGGUCGACAUAGCUCUCAACAUCAAGUGGUAGCUCAAACCGUCUUAUCUAAUAGGGCCCUUGGUAUUUAGACACCCUGCAGCUCUCACUACGCCGCGCGCCGUCUCUACGUCGAAUGGCUUAUCGGCCGCGACUCUGAAAAGGCCAAGGCGGCCUACCAUUUUGUGGAGAAGGUCGACAUAGCGCGCAAUAUCAAGUGGUAACCAACCGUCUCUAACCUACUGCGCCUUGGGUAUUUAAUAAAACAGGAGGUCUAUUUCCUCGAAUUCAGAGAUUAGCCAUAUUAACUGUUAGUAUUCACAUGUUCUGUUUAAAUUUUUAUUAAUGGCAAUUAAAUAAAUUCAUAAAAGUCCGCGAUCUUGGGAUCCUAGGCAGUUGGCAAGUGUCCAGAGGCCUUGUGGUCGCACAAACUGACAGACGCCUAAAUUCAACUUUAAUAACUUUUGGAAACGUUAAUAUACUGAUUUCUCAUUUUGGUCAUGCAAUAAGCUGACGCAAUAGCAGCUAGCUGCGGUGUAAUAAUCUUGUUCGGAAAAUCUCGCCAGAUAGCGUGAGUUAUGAAAUUCUAUCCAUUUGAAAUGUAAAUGUAACGCCCAACAGCUUGUUUUUACUUUUCUCCACUGAUAACGGCGAAUUGGUGACCUACGGGUAUGACGGUGUAGUUUAAACAUAUUUUUACAAUUUUA